AUGGACUUCCACCUAGUACCACGGGGAACCGACCGCAACUAUACAGGCUUCCUGACCAAGACGAUUGUCUACACAGGCACCCUGGUAGUGUUCCUAGCUUCGUUCGGGUUGACGAUCAGCGCCAUCGUUAUCCCCAAAUGGGUCAGCUAUCACAGUGAAAAGCCCGCUCACCACUAUUCUUAUGGCCUCCACCGUCGAUGCUCCUCCUUAUCCGAUACAUGUGAGGGUUUUCCCGCACGCGAAGACUGUCAUGGCGAAGACCGAUAUUUCUGCUCUAUGUGGCGCUCUGUGGGGUUCUUGAUGUCCUUUGCCGUUGUGUUGCAGGCCAUGAGUAUCGUCGCCUACAUGAUCAUCCUAGGAGGAGGAAAACGGCUCCGUGAAAAUGGGUGGCGUGUCCUCAGCAUCCUGAUUAUAUUGUCUGCUGUUAUUCAAGCGGCGAGUAUGUCGAUAGUGGCAUACCUCUUUGACAAUGAAGAUCGGUUCUUCGUUGGUUGGCAAUUGGAUGAGUCCUGGAUCUAUUGCACUGUUAGUCUGUGUAUUGGUCUGAUUUGCGCUGGCGCAGUCAUCGUCGCGGCCCAUGUCUUGCCCUCUGAGGGUGGGUAUGAGCUUAUCCCUGAUCAUGAUGAUAUCAGGGUAGAG